CGGUCGACCGGACGAUCGUCACCAGUGUUUAGCUCUAAUUUAUACUUCACUGAGUUACACUGCCCUGUCGUAUUAUAUAAAAUAAGUAUAGGUAGGUACUUAUGCGUUCUCGGUUCAAUCGCAUUCAGUCGACUAUAUAUAUGCUCAUUACACAUGAACACUUCACAUAUGUAAACUGAAAGACAUCGUGAAACCAUGUUCGUUUAUUGGACAGUUAUCGCUAUGCUGUGUUUGAGCCCUCUGCAGCAGCGGAGUUGGAACGGAGUUUCGUCGUUGAUGUAUCCGUACGACUACGGUCCGACGCUGUUCGCGGAUGCCAAUAACGUGACAUUCGACUUCAUAGUGGUUGGCGGCGGUAGUGCCGGCGCCACGGUCGCCGCUCGCCUCAGUGAAAUACCAGAAUGGAAUGUGCUGCUGCUGGAGGCGGGUGGUGACCCACCAGCCGACACGGAAACGCCCCUCAUGUACAGCGAAUUGAUGACAAGUGACGUCGACUGGACGUUCAUCACCGAACCCGAACCGCACUUGUUUGGGGGCUUGGAACACGGCCGGUGCCAGGUAUCCAGGGGUUUGAUGCUGGGCGGAUCAUCGUCCAUUAACGCCAUGAUGUACUUGAGGGGCACCAAGCGUGACUUUGACGAGUGGGAGCGGCUUGGCAACGCGGGAUGGGGUUUCGGCGACGUGCUGCCGUACUUCAUCAAGUCGGAGAAUUUUACGGGUAGUGCCAGUCGGCGGGACUCGGUGCCACACGGCCGCGGCGGCCCGCUCACAGUCAGUCCUCUGGUUUCCAUCGACCCGGCGUACUCAGCAGUCUCCGACGGAAAUCGAAUGCUCCGGUUGGCAGAGUUGGACGACAUUAACCGGUUCGCGCCUCCGGCGGUUGGGUACGGUCCAUUGGACUUCACGGUGCGCGACGGUCUCCGGUGUAGCACGCUCAAGGCGUUCCUGUUGCCGGCCAGCGGACGGCCAAAUUUGUUCGUGGCGAAAAAUGUCAGGGUGACCCGGGUGAUGAUACAGCGAAUCUCGGCACCCAGCGGUGGAAGUUGCACUAGGGCAGUGGGCGUCGAGUACGUCACACCGUCGGGCCGAUCACGGUACGUGUACGGAUCCCGUGAAGUGAUACUUUCCGCGGGCGUGAUUAUGAGUCCUCAGAUCCUCAUGGUGUCAGGCGUGGGACCCGCAGGACACUUGCGCCAACAUGGAAUCCAUGUGAUCAGUGACUUGCCUGUAGGCUACAACUACCAGGACCACGUUGCGUUCGCUGGACUUGUGUUCAGCGACCGGAAGAACCGAUCCCGAGCCGACAUAUCACGUGAGAGCACCGACCUGAUCCGGAACACAUUCGACUUGGUGUCCAGAGGUGUAGGAACGCUGGGCCUGACAAACCUCGUGAGCUUUGUCGACACCGCGGCCAAGGGACGCGCCGACAUACAGGUCGUAUAUCUGAGAUUCCCGUACAACAGCACGAGAAACACGCCGAACAAACGGAGCAGGGUGUCGAAUCUGUUCGGAUACUCAGACCAUGUGGCCACAAAGUACGACGAUUUGAACAUGCUAAGCGACUCUGUGAUCGCGAUACCGAUUAAUGUCGAUGGCCGGAGCACCGGGCGCGUGGUUCUGCGGUCGGGUGACCCGAUGGCGCGCCCGAAAAUCUACACUAAUUACUUGUCACACGAUGACGAGAUCGAGACGUUACUGCGUGGAAUCGAUUUCGUCGUGGAACUGUCAAAAACCAAACCGAUGGUGGACGCGGGGCUAGUCCUGGAACCCGUCGAGUUUCCAGACUGUGUGGAUUACGCCUGGGGAACUAGGGACUAUUGGGUGUGCGCAAUCCGCAGCGUGGCCACAUCGUUCUACCACCCGGUGGGUACGUGCCGGAUGGGACCUGCCCACGACCACCGGUCUGUCGUCGACACCAUGCUAAACGUGAAGGGCGUGCGCGGUCUCCGGGUGAUUGAUAGCUCGAUAAUGCCCAAAGUCGUUUCUGUAAACACGAACGCCGCGACCAUAAUGAUCGCUGAAAAGGGAUCGGACGUUAUAAAAAAAUGUUACGGUAAGCUCGUGUAAUAUGUAAAAUAAUAAUGUGAUGCAGAAUUAGACGUCUGCGGUGGACGUUUUGGACCAAAUAAUAUCAGGAUGUAUAAUAGUGUAAUAUACAUAUUAUAAAUAUAUUUUUAUUUUAUUUAUUUA